UGGUUAGAUCUCGUGGUGUUCCCUGUUUAUUUGUAUUUUUUCCCUUCCUGUUCCUCUGUAACAUUAGACCAACGAGAGCUGCGCGGUCGAUCCCACAUCUUCCAACUGCAUCAGCCUGAUUUAGACUAGAUGAUGGCUAGAUGAGACAGCAUAUUCUCGAGUGUGUGUGUGUGUGUGUGUGUGUGCUAAACAAAGUCUUCGCCCGACAAGGGUAUGGGAGUGUAAAAACUGGUUAUUAAGGACUAAGCGAUGGAGCAGGGUUCAGAGGAGAACAUGGAGAGCUCAUGGACUCUGCUCUCCUGGCUGGCUUCUGGUGUGAUGGUGUUUGGAGGUGCGGUGCCCUACGUCCCCCAGUACCAGGACAUCCAGAGGACCAAUAACGCUGAAGGAUUCUCAACAAGAGUCUGUCUGGUGCUGCUUGUUGCUAAUAUACUUCGCAUUUUCUUCUGGAAAGGCAAGCAGUUUGAGCUGCCUUUGCUCCUGCAGAGUGUGGUGAUGAUUCUCACCAUGUUGGCUAUGUUACAUCUGUGCUGUUCCAUCCAGAGCAGAAACCGCGUCAGUACUAAACAGCACCACAUCACAG